GUAAUAAACGUAAGCAAGUUUUUAAAGAAAAAUACUAUACUCGACUCUAGAGAAUUUUACUUUUGACUUCUUAAUAUUGGCACUACUGUAAAAUAGUUUCUUUCUUUUUUUGGUUCGCGUUUUCGAUAGACGACAGUCGAGAAGCGUAAAAAAUGACAAACUCAAAGGGUUAUCGUCGAGGAACGAGAGACUUGUUCUCCCGUAAAUUCAAAAAACAUGGCACAAUUCCACUUUCAACAUACAUGAAAGUUUACAAAAUUGGCGAUAUGGUUGAUAUUAAACAAAAUUCAGCAAUUCAAAAGGGAUUGCCAUACAAAGUUUAUUAUGGAAAAACUGGUCGUGUUUUUAAUGUCACACCACAUGCGCUUGGAGUUGUUGUCAACAAACGAGUGAGAGGAAGAAUUAUUCCAAAGAGAAUUACCGUUCGUGUCGAGCACGUGAAUCAUUCGAAAUGUCGGGAGGAUUUCUUGAAGAGAGUAAAGGAAAAUGAACUCCUCAGGAAGCAGGCGAAGGAGAAGAAAAUUACCGUUCAAUUGAAACGUCAACCGGUACAACCAAGUGGCGCGCACAUUGUCUCCGGCAAGCAGGCACCAAUCUUACUUGCACCAAUUCCUUACGAAUUUGUUGCCUAAACCAAAAUUACAGAAUAAAUUCUUUCUAAUUAAAA